AUGCUAUUUAUUAUAGCCGAAGAAGUUCUAUCUAGAGGGUUGUCGAGUCUGGUUCAGUGCAAGGAGCUCCAGGCAAUCCAUGGCCAAAGAGGCGUUGCCACUCCUGGGCAUAUCCUAUUCGCGGACGAUAUCUUCAUAUUCACCAACGCCUCCUUGAGGUAUGUUCGUACCCUGAAAAACUUCUUGAUGAAAUACCAAGAAUUUUUAGGCCAGUGCAUUAGCCUAAAGAAAAGCAAACUCUUCCUUGGGAAGAUUGCUCCAGAUCGAAAGAAGAUCAUUGUUGAUACCCUCGGAAUUCAGAUCUAUAACUUCCCGACUCGAUACUUGGGUGUUGAAAUAUUUAAGGGAAGAGUGAAAAAAGAGGCCCUUCUGCCAGUGAUGGACAAGGUGAAGGGGCGCCUAGCCGGUUGGAAAGGCAACCUAUUGUCUUUGGCAGGAAGAACAGAAUUGGUUAGAUCGGCCAUUGCAGGUAUCCCUAACCAUAGUUUUGCUAUUUAUUGGUGGCCAACUUCCCUGUUAGCAACAAUAGAACGGUGGAUGAGGAAUUUUAUCUGGACGGGUGGGAUAGAAUUUGCAAAAAAAAUUACAAUAAAAUGGGAUGCCCUUUGUAAGCCUAAAGAGGAAGGAGGCUUAGGUAUCAGGAGGCUCAAAGACACAAAUAAAGCAAUGCUAUGCAAACUAGUAUGGAGAAUCAAGCAUGAGAAGACGGUGGCCAACUCUUUCCUUAAGGCUCGAUUUAUUAAAAAUGAUGGCAGCCUCAAAAAAGGCGUUUCAUCUUCCAUUGUAUCGGGGGUUAAAAAGGUCUGGAGCUUUGUGGAAGAGAAUCAAAGAUGGAUUAUCGGGAAUGGUAAUCUUGUAAAUUUUUGGAAGGACAAAUGGUGGGGGCCAAAGUCAGUGCUUGAGGAGCUUCAGAUAAUGGAUUUGACUGCUCUUAGAUUUAAUGCUAAGGUGGGUGACUUUAUUCGUGGUGGAGAAUGGGUGUUCCGUGAGGUGAGCUUGGUGGAGCUCAUCAGAAUAUUUGACAAACUUAAGAGGAUUAAAAUCCCCUCAGCAAACAUUUGGUGGGAAAGGAACAGACGUCGGCAUGACAAUGAGUACAGAGCUGCGAUGCAAAUUUUUGAAUAUAGUCAUCAGGAGCUUGGCCCUUGCAUAGGGAAGCUGAAGGGGGAGGUGAAAGCUCCAAUUGAUGUUAUUUUUUGCAGUAAACUGGGUUUGACAGUGGGGUCUCACAAGCAUGCUCACCCCCUCGAAGUUCACUGGUGUAAGCCCCAACCAAACUGGCUAAAGGUUAAUGUGGAUGGUAGCUCUUUGGGAAAUCCAGGAAGGGCAGAAGCAGGAGGGAUUGUUUGA